AUGAGUUUUGCGAGGAACGUCUGGGAGAUGAUGCUGCAGGAACCGGAAACUCUGCCUACAAGCUCGGACGUACCAUCAGCCAACAAGAUGACCAACACGCUUUAUGUCCCCAAGUCGGCCAAGGCGGCGUUUGUCAGUGGAGCCAACGGCAUCAGCGGCCAUGCUAUCGUCGAGCAUCUCAUCCGCACGCCGAAAGCGGAAUGGUCCAAAAUAGUCAUCUCGUCGCGCCGGGAGCUGCCGAACUACUGGAUCGACCCCCGCAUCGAGUUCGUCGCUGCCGACUUCCUCGCCCCAAAGGAGGAGACUGAGGCGAGACUGGCGCACGCUUGCGCUGAUGUGACGCACGCCUUCUUUACCUCGUACGUGCACGUCGACGACUUCGCCAAGCUGCGCGACCGCAACGUGCCCCUGUUCAAGAACUUCAUCGACGUCAUCGACAAAGUCUGCCCGAAGCUAGAGAGAGUCUGCUUACAGACCGGCGGAAAGCACUAUGGUGCUCAUCUCGGCCCCGUUCCCGUCCCGCUCACCGAGGACUUGCCGCGCUACGAGGACGACGGACUGAACUUCUACUACACCCAGGAGGACUACAUGUUCGAGGUCCAGAAGCGCCGGAAUGCCUGGUCCUACAACAUCAUCCGUCCGAACGGCAUUGUCGGCUUCACGCCUCACUCGAACGGCAUGUCCGAGGCGCUCACCGUCGCGCUGUACUUCCUGAUCUCGCGCGAGAUGGGCGGCAACGGUCUGUUCCCCGGCAACAAGUUCUUCUACGACUCCAUCGACGACCAGUCGUACGCGCCGAGCAUCGCCGACAUGAGCGUCUGGGCCGCCACGUCCGACCAGUGCAAGAACGAAGCCUUCAACCACUGCAACGGCGACGUCAUCGUCUGGCGCCACUUCUGGCCGAAGCUCGCGCAAUACUUUGGGCUGGAGGUCCCCGAGCCAUCCUUCGAGAAGACGGCGUCAAAGGCCGACAGUAUGGCCAACGAAAUCGACCUCGUCGAGUGGGCCAAGGACAAGAAGCCCGUCUGGGAGCGCGUCGUGGCCAAGUACGGCGGCCGGGCCGAUGCUUUCGACUGGGGCACUUGGGGCUUCUUCAUGUGGGCCACGGGCAAAAGCUGGCUGACCAUCGGAUCCACGGCCAAGGCGAGGCGCUUCGGCUGGGCCCGCCUCGACGACACGCACGACUGCUGGAUCGAAACGUUCAGAUCGCUCGAGAACGCGGGUAUUCUGCCCAGGGCGAGCGCUAUCCGAGCUGUCGACGCCGCAAAGAAUUAG